AUGCGCUGGUACUUCCGAAACAUCUCACGCAAAGAUUCCGAGCGUCUGUUGCUAUUGAAGGGGAAUAUUCGAGGCACAUUUCUGGUUCGUGAAAGCGAGACAACAGACGCCAAUCGCGAUUAUCGUUCACCCGUUUGCACGUUAGUGCAACAGAGCCCGUCGUCAGACCGAAUGACCGUGGCUUUGAUGACCACAGUAACAAAGGUGACCACAUUCGAGUGCUCAACAGAAUCCCAAAAAACCUUUGCAGACUACAAAGAUGUAUUUUUAGCAAAAUCAUAA